GUAGACGUUUAUCUCGAUUUUAAAAGUCAUAAAACAACCUUAGUAUGGUUCAAUUUAAUCAACUGCCCACAAUAGUAUUUUAUAGAGGGGCAUUCUAGUAGAAGCAGAAAUAUUACCUUAAAUAUCUUCUUAUGACUGAUUGUAUUGAACUUACCAUUGGUUAAAAUAAGAUUUUAUAACAUUCCAAAAUGAUCGUCCCUCUUAGUAAUGAACAGUUAGAUGCUAUGCGUAAUAUUUUCCCGAGAACAAUAUUAGAAAUCGAUCAAGACUUGGCAAUCAUUAGACAUUGGUUAGAUAAACAACCUCACUUGCCGAAAAUCAGUGAUGAUGUGUUGAAAAAAUUUAUGUUUAGUUUAAAAUAUCGUAUGGAUAAAAUAAAGAUUGUAAUUGAUAACUUCUACACAGUGAAAGAAUCAUAUCCUCAAUAUUACCAUCAACUAGAUCCUUGCACGGAUUCGUUUCGGAAAAUAGUUAAUGCUGUAUACAUAUGUCCUUUACCUAAACUCACGCCAGAUUUGAGUAGAGUAUACUGCUACCGAAUGGCUUCGUUAAACAGUGAACUAGAAGUAGAAAAACAGAUAAAACGUCAUGAAAUGAUGUGGAGCUGGUUGUUUAACAAAGACCCACUAACACUAAGAAAUGUGUGGAUAUUUGAUACAAGUUACAUGACUUCAAUGGCACAAUGGGGACAGUUUAAUUUGGCUUUUUUGAAAAAUAUCUUAAAAAUUUGUAUGGACGCCAAACCAGUUAGAAUAAAAAAGAUUUAUAUAAUUAAUGUUUCCUCUAUUGCCGACACUACACUCAAUUUAAUAAAACAUUUUUUCCCUCAAAAAUUUAGAGACAGAUUUGUAAUUAGCUCUAAUGUUCAGUGUUUACAAGAAGACAUUCCAUUAGAUAUGUUACCAAAUGAGUGGGGUGGUCAAGCUGGUAGUUUAGAAACUUUAAGCAAUGAAAUGUAUUUAGAAAUGGUCAAGUCUAGAGACUGGUAUAUAGAAAUGGAACAUGUCAAAGCUGAUUCUCGAAAACGUAUCAUACAAAAGGAAAAUGGAGAUGAAUCAAUUUUAGGAGUAGAAGGCAAUUUUAAAAAAUUAAAUGUUGAUUAAUUUUCUCACUUGAAGUUUUAAAAUACUU